CUCCUUUUGAAAGGGUCUUGAUGAUAGAUCGCCUGCUUCUCGCACUGGCCCUCCGUUCUGCCUGCAGCCGCGAGAGUCUGUACGAGUUUGUGGACCUCCCGAACUGCAGCCAGCUUGGGGUGUGGAAUCAUCAGGUGCCAGUGCUAGCGGGCGCCCUUGGUUUCUAUGGCACCUCUGGCGAGCGUGUGCCGGGCAACCUGGGCCGCUUCCGCUUGCCACGUGCUGUGGCAUUGGACGAGGAGCAGCAAAGGCUGUACAUUUCAGACGCCGCGAACCACGCGGUGCGGCAGGUGCGCCUGGACAACGGCAGCGCACACGAGGUGACGACAGUGGCCGGGGCGCUGGGUAUGGCGGGCAGCUCCGACGGCAGCCGCCGGGAGGCACGGCUGCGGGAGCCCAGUGGCCUGGCGUUGGAUACGGCGCAGCAGCGGCUUUACGUGGCCGACGCGGGGAACCACGCGGUGCGCGUUGUGAGCCUCAGCGAUGGGGAGGUGGAGACUGUAGCCGGGGGCAACGGCGCGGGGGACCAUGGCGAUGGCGGGCCAGGCACCGCCGCUUCCCUCAGCACCCCGGCCGGGCUGGCGCUGGCAGAGGGGCGUUUGUACAUAUCUGAUGCCGGGAACAACCGGAUCCGAAUGCUGGAUUUGGAAACCGGCAACAUAUCCGCAGUCGCGGGGCCCUUUGUACAACCAGCUGGUUUGGCCUUUGACCCGUUGAAUCAGAUUCUCUACGUGGCAGACCAGGGCAAUCACGCAGUUUUCAGUGUUGUGGCUGGUGGCCCUCCCAUAUUGGUGGUGGGGCAGCCUGGUUCGCCGGGUGGCCCGGGCAACGGCGCCACGUUCAUAGGCCCAGCGCUCCAGUCCCAGCUGCGGCGCCCAGAUGGCCUGGCGUUGGAUGCCAUGGCACAGCGGCUCUACGUGGGGGAUGCCACGGCCGCAGUGCGCGUCGUGGACCUGGCCACGGGCGUCCUCACGCUGGCCGCCGUGCGCGCCAGCUUCGGCGCCAGCUUCGGCACGGGGCAAGGCGAGGAGUACGGGCCCAUCGGCCUGGCCUUGGGCACCUCUCGGGUGCCGGGCUUCAGGGUGGACUCCACUUACCAUGUGCCCCUCGAGGGCGGCGCCUCGCGGUUCGGAGAGUACUUCUACUUCCAGUCAACCAUCGGCUACCAAGGCGGAUACAAGAAUGCCACCGGCAUCCUCCGCAGCCGCCAGUACCGCAAAGGUGUGCUGCGCUGGGCCGGCUAUAUCCGGUUCUACGGAGCGCGCUACGGCAUUGGUCCCACGAGGCAGUCAACCCCGCAUUUGGACAACACGGGCAUCCGCUACCCGCCCCCUGUCGCCUUUGAGGGCCAGUUCGACAUCAACGACACCAUUCUGGUGCCGGAGCUCCUGGGUCCCGAGGAGCAAGCGACGCAGAUGAUGUAUUUGGCUGAGGGCCACAGCUACACGGUGCGAUCCGUGGACAUCGGCGUCCCGGCCAAUUCCUCCUGCGGCGAUCCCGCCACCACGGGGCUCCCUGACACUCUUUGGGAGCUUGUUCCUGCUGAGGCAGGUGGACCCUGGGAGGCACCCGUCACCCCUCGCUGAGCGACUUGGGUCGGGUG